AUGCGUCAAAAGCGAGCCAAGGCGUACAAACGUCUCAUGAACCUGUAUUCGCAGAAUUUCGGAUUCAGGUCGCCAUUUCAAGUUCUAGUCGGCCAGGACUUUCUGCUCGAGCAAGCCAACAAGCAGAUCGAUUUGGCGAAGAUGCUAUCCACCUGCGUACAAGGCGAAUGCAAGCCUAUGAUCACUCAAUGCUCCGUUGAAGCGUUGUACAAGCUGGGAAAGGACUAUCAGGGCGUAACGAAUUUGGCAAAGACGUUCGAGCGGAGGCGUUGCAAUCACCGUGAACCUAUCGAGGAGCACCUCUGUAUCAAGGAUGUCCUAGGCGAGACGAAUAAGCACCGAUACAUCCUGGCUGUCCAGCAUCCUCGACUCCGAUCGCAACUGCGAAUGAUUCCUGGUGUACCCAUCGCCCAUUUCAACGAUCGAGGUGUAUUAGUCAUGGAGCUACCCAGUGACGCUACGAUGAAGCAGAAAGACAUGUUGAAGGAGCAGCUGGAGCAUCAGGCCCCCUUGCUCGACAACAUCAUCGGAGCAACCGAAUCAAUCGAGGCCGUCUCGACAACAAUGCACAAACGCAGACAAGGGCCGAAGGCGCCUAACCCUCUCAGCCUGCGAAGAAAGAAGGACCUGCCUCCUACCGGUCGACUAAGCAAGAAGGAACUAGCUGCUCAGGAAGCCGCCAAAGCGCAGAAAGAUCGAGGCAAGAAGAGAGUCAGGGAGGAGGAAGACAAUGAG